AUGUCUUUGGGAGCUCUCACCCGCGAGUGGGAUGAGGACACUCGCUACACAAUGAAUCGAUUCGAUUGGUCGCGAAAACUGUUUAAGCUCGCAACCAUUGCAUUGGGGGACUUUCCCGGCUCAAAUGAGCUUGAGAGCAUACAAGCCUAUGUCAUCAUGGCAAAGGUUUGUCAAAACGAGCUUAACCCUAACUUGGCAUAUAUGUAUCUUGGCCAUGCUAUUCGAACAAGUCUAUCUGCUGGCUACAAUCGACGCUCUUCGAGUCCAUCGCCACGGGACCAAGAGAUAUCUAGGACUUGGUGGGGACUCUUCUCUCUGGAAAUGGAAACCAGCUUCGCUCUUGGACGGCCGGAUUCUUUGGGCCUGGAGAUCUACCACUCCAGAUCACUACCAGAAGUUGACGAAUCUCCAACCGCGAUCAUCGCCUGCAUGGUCGAUCUAGCAAAAAUCGUGAGGAAAGUGUCCACCUCGGUUUAUCUUUCCAAUGAUAGUAUUGCGCAAAAGUUUAGAGCAGCAGAAAAGAUUGAAACUGAGCUCGAUCAAUGGAUAAGUGGCUUGCCUCAAAUUAUCAAGCCUGAAUUUUUGGAACCGAUGGGCGGCGACACUUGUCUCAAGAGCAAAAUCCCAAUGUGGGCCAACCGACAGGGCCAUACACUUGGCUUUCGCUUUUACAAUAUUAAAAUGGUACUUUACAGACCAUUCCUUCUAUACACCGUCCAUGAACACAGAGAAUGUCGAGCAGAUUUUGAUGAAGCUGUUACUAAAUGUGUUGCCGCGGCUACCAGGACGAUCGAGUUCAUGAAUUACAUGUAUUGUAAUUUCUCCUACUUUCGCACUUGGUGGUACAACACAACAUACACAUUGUAUGCUGCAUCAAUAAUUGUAUUCUAUGCACAGAAGACUGCGACUUUACUCGAGCUUCAAGGACUCCUCCGCCUCGUCGAUAUGAGCGUUGGCAUUCUCAAGACAAUGGAUGAGAAUACAGUCGCCAAAAAGGCUGCCGAUCUGGUCGAGAAGACGGCGAUGCGUAUCCGCGAGAGAGAAUCGCGUUCUGAUGUCGACCCUUUGCAAAAUAACGAAUUCACUGCUCAGAGUUCAGCUGCCGACAACAGUGACGGAGUAUCCGGGGCACCAUUCGAGCAGUUUGCAUACGACCCCUUUGACGACAACCAGCUUGAUUUUAUGACUCAGCUCUUUCCGUUACUUUCGGGCGAUGAUGUUAUGUGGAGUGAAAACAAUGAUCCUUUAUGA